AUGUCAGCUGAUCGCCUACCACGAAGCACACGGCUGCAGCUCAGUAGAGAACUUGGAGAAUUGGAAGAGAGAAGAAGUAAGGCGACUGCUGAGUUACGUGAGGCUACGAAGUCCGCUACCGGCGAGGGAGCUGCAAUGAAACAAGACCUCGAGCAGUGGUGUACGAAGGACAAGAAGAUCACGGAGCGUAUUGAGAGGUCCCAGAUCAGCAGCGAAAUCCACUAUUCCGUGAACACCGAUGACAAUCAUAACACACGCGAUACAAGCGACGAGGACCCACGACCUGCAAAGCGACGAAAGUCACGCUCAGCGCCUGCCGUGACUCCGCCUCUCCACCUCCGACGGUCUCCCCCCCUGGGGUCGCCGUCGACCACCAGACAUGAGAUUGACGAGGCGCAGCCUCAGGAUGAUCACGGAUGUUCGUCGACCUUCGUCGAUGACGAGCAGCACCGUGCCUCACGGACUUCUCAGGAAUGGCCCUUCCAAGGCUUUCUUAAACGCACCAAGAUCGGGGAUGAUAUGACGUACAAUCUUGAGUUCAAACUGCCAUCGAUCUCAGAACACCUUCACUUACCGAUUAAUCCCGUAGCAUUGGACAUCAAUCACGACGCUGCCGCACAUUCCAAGAUACAUCAAGCACCGUUGAAGCCAAAGAAGAGCAAGAUUUUAUGGACAGAAGAAGAGGAUAUAAAGCUGCUCCAGAUGUGGAACGAAGGCCGUUCGUGGGAAUACAUCUUUGCUGCCCUCCCUAGCCGGAGUGAAGGGACCAUCCGGGUGCGCUGUUCGACAAAAUUCAAAAAGCGAUCCCGUACAGAGGCCGAUCGUUCUUGAAUUGGAGGAGCGGUCAUUGCUUCAGUGACGUUGGGGCUCCUGUAUCAGAGAAGGUCAAACCGUCAAGCAGCGGUGAUGACGAUUCAAGUGAUG